AUGGCCGGCUCUGACCACUUCCUCACUCUGUCCUGCCCGGACAAGGCAGGUAUUGUCUACGCUGUCACGGGCCUACUUGCGAAGGAGAACCUCACCAUUCUCGACCUGCAGCAAUUCUCCGACCCGGCGUCGAAGACUUUCUUCAUGCGUGUGCACUUUGGACAUGCGACCGAGCUCUCUGCCCUUCAGAAGUCAAUGGCCGAUCUUGCCGGGGAGAUGAACAUGACAUACGACAUCCGCUCCGUAGACACAAAGCCCAAGGUCUUGAUCAUGGUAUCGAAGAUCGGGCAUUGCUUGAACGACCUCCUUUUCCGCGUCAAGUCCGGACAGCUGAAGAUCGAAGUUCCGAUCAUCGUGUCAAACCAUCCCGAGUUCGCAGACAUGGCCAAGGCGCAUGGAAUCGAGUUCCACCACCUGCCUGUCACCAAGGAUACCAAGACGCAGCAGGAGAGCCAGAUCCUGGAGCUCAUCAAGCAGCACAACAUUGAUCUUGUCAUCCUGGCGCGAUACAUGCAGGUCCUGUCUCCUCGCCUGUGCACCGAGAUGUCUGGCAAGAUCAUCAACAUCCACCACUCUUUCUUGCCAUCUUUCAAGGGCGCGAAACCUUACCACCAGGCCUAUGAGCGCGGUGUGAAAAUCAUCGGUGCAACUGCGCACUUUGUGACUGCGGAUUUGGACGAGGGCCCCAUCAUCGAGCAGCGUAUUGCGCGGGUCGACCAUGCGUUGAGUCCGAAUGAGUUGGUUGUUGAGGGUAGUAACGUUGAAAGCCAGGUGCUUGCUGCUGCCGUCAAGUGGUGGAGCGAGAAGCGCGUGUUCCUGAACGGUGCCAAGACUGUUGUGUUUAAUUAG